UUUGUCUUCCAACUCCUUCACAGGAUACUUGACUGAAGUGCACUUUUCCAACCUCACAAGAUUAGAUUUUUUGGGUCUAUCUUACAACUCCUUGAACAUAAUCUCAAGUGACAGUUGGAUUCCUUCUUUCAAUGCUUUGUUUAUUUACAUGAGCUCUUGCAAUGUGGGACCUAAAUUUCCGGCCUGGCUUCGAACCCAGACAAAUUUGUUUAUGUUGAAACUAAAUGAAGCUGGAAUUUCAGACAAGAUUCCAUCAUGGUUCUGGAAGAUGGAUAUAAAUCACCUCAAUUUAUCGCAUAAUUGUAUGGAAGGACAGCUACCAAGUUCUCUAGGGAGCCAUAUUUAUGCAUAUCUUGACCUGAGCUCCAAUUGCUUUUCUGGUCCAAUACCUAAUCUGAAGGCUCAGUACAUGAUUCUCUCCAAUAAUUCUUUUUCUGGACCCAUUUCCUUGAGCUUUUUGAAUAGCCCUAUGGUACUCUCUUUAUCCCACAACCAUUUAAAUGGAAGUAUGCCGCAGUUGCAUUUUAAUCGGACUUUCUUGAGGGUCCUUGACCUCUCCAAUAAUGAGUUAUCUGAAGGAUUUCCAGAUAGCUGGAUUUGCAAUUGGACUUUUUUAGAGGUUCUUGACCUCUCCAAUAAUAAGUUAUCUGGAGGAUUUCCAGACUGCUGGAGUCAACCACAUCUAGGAAUCUUUGAUGUUCCAAAAAAUAGAAAAGUAGAAGAUAAUUCCAGCAUAUUGGCAUAUCCUAUUAAACUCCAAUCUUUGCACAUGAGGAAUAAUCGAUUAUCUGGUAAAUUUCCUUCCUUCCUGAGAUUUUGUAAAAAUUUGGUUGUUCUUGAUCUUGGUGAAAAUAGAUUCUCGGGCAAUAUACCCACAUGGAUUGGAGAAAGCCUCUCAUCUCUAAGAGUACUUCGUCUAAGAUCGAAUUCUUUUAAUGGUAAUAUCCCAAUGCAAAUAUUGAGUUUGUCUUCUCUUCAGGUUUUGGACUUAGCAUGCAAUAAUUUUUCUGGAAAUCUGCCAUCAUCCUUUGGAAAUUUUUCUACACUGGCUGAGAUACAAGAAAGAAGCCGACCCAUGCUAGGUAUGAUCACGAUGUCAUUUUACCAUGAGAGUCUAUUGAUAAUUACAAAAGGAUUAGAACUUGAGUACACUAGUGUGCUUUUAUUGGUUACAAGCAUUGACCUAUCACAUAAUAAUCUUUCUGGAGAGAUCCCUAAUGAAAUGACAAAUCUUCAUGGAUUGCAUUUCUUGAACUUGUCUGGGAAUCAUUUCAUUGGAAAAAUUUCAGAAAAUAUUUGUGACAUGAGGCAGUUGGAAUCACUCGAUUUAUCAAUGAACAAUCUUUCUGGCCAAAUUCCCCAAACCAUGCUUGCUUUGAAUUACUUAAGCAACUUGAACUUGUCAUAUAACAACUUGUCGGGAAGAAUUCCAUCAGGGAAUCAGUUUCUAACCUUCAAUGAUCCCUCCAUCUAUAUCGGCAAUCAUUAUCUUUGUGGACAGCCCUUGCCAGAAUGCCCUAUUAGUGCAUCUGCACAUCAAGAAGAGGAAGAAGUAGAUGAAGAUGACUAUGAGACGAUAUGGAUUUAUGGUAGCUCGGCAUUGGGAUUUGUCAUUGGAUUUUGGGGUUUUGUUGGCAUGAUGUUAGUCAAAAAGGAUGUUAGGAUUGCUUAUCUUCGAUUCCUUGACAGAAUAUGUGAUUAUAUUUAUUUAGAAGCAGCAAAAAAGUUUGCCAGGUUGAAGCUUGUCAUGAGGAAGAGCAGCCACAAGCAUGGCUAAGCAGUUGCAGAUGGUGCUGCAAUUGUAAUGUGAUCUCUCUCUAUAUUUCUGAAUGAUGGUGGCAGCACCUCUAAUCCAAAUAUGUAUGGAUCAAAACUUUAGAGCUUUUUGAAUUAUUA